AAUGGCAACAUGUGCUGGAAAAAAAACGAAGGUUUCGAGAAACCCUUACGAAAAAGUUAUUCUUUUGAUUAAAGAUAAAAUUAAAGAGGAAUAUUUAAAUAAUUUGUUAGUAGAAAUUCCUAAAAAAUAUGAGAAAAUUGGAAAUUUGACUCUUUUCCCCGAAACUUCGUUUUCUUCUGAAAUUUGGAAGGAAUAUAUGGAAGAAAUAUGUCACAUAUAUAAAUCUGAGAGAAUAGCUGUAAAGUCUACUAUAAACGAUGAUAAUUUUCGAACACCAAAAGUCCAGUUUCUAUUUCCAUUCGACUGUAAAGACCCGUGGGUUAUGCAAAAAGAAUUAGGACUUACCAUUCACUACAACAUUGAAAGGAGUAUGUUUUGUAAAGGAAAUAUAACGGAAAAAGAACGUCUUGCUAAACUGGACUGUUCUAAUGAAAUCAUUGUUGACCUAUUUGCUGGUAUAGGCUAUUUUUCUCUUGUUUAUCUUGUUCAUUCUAAGGCGAAGUUUGUUCAUGCAUGUGAAUGGAAUCCUGCUGCUAUUGAAGCAUUACAGAGAAAUCUACAAGCAAAUAAGGUUCAAGACAGAUGUAAAAUCUAUGUUGGGGAUAAUAGAAUGGAAAGUCCAAAAAAUGUGGGUGAUCGAAUCAAUUUAGGUAUUCUGCCCUCAUCCGAACCAUUUCUCCAAACUGCAUGCGAAUGUUUGAACUUGGAAACUGGUGGAAUUAUGCAUGUUCAUGAAAAUAUAAAUUUAUUUGAUGACUCUAAUGCAACCGAAAAGUAUGCAAAUAAGUUGAAGUACAAAAUUGGUGACAUUCUGGCUAAGCUAACUGAUAAGAAUUGGCAUAUAACCGUACAAUUCAUACAUAAAGUUAAAUCCUAUGGUCCGAGAAUCGAUCAUGUUGUAAUCGAUAUUGAAAGUAGACCUCAGCAGGAGAAUAAAUAG